GUUUUAUCUUGUUUCUCAUACUGAAAUAUUAUUUUUCAGCAUUUUAGAACAAUAUGAAUAAAUAGAACAGCGUUACCAAUCCAACAGUCAGAUUUAAUUCUACACAAAAUAAAAAAAAUCAUGGCCUUUAUCGCUUUCUCACAAGAUGAUGCUCAGCAUGUAUGCUGUCACAUUGAGCUACUGGCAGCGUGGCAUGAUAUGGCACAGUGGCUGCUGUCUUUUCAUAUAUUUGAAGACUUCAAAAGAUUGUUGGGCUGCUUUCAUCUGCUGCAUCAUCCCAAUAAGGCUGUGAUUUCUAAACCUUAUUCUCAAGUGAAAGGCCCCAAACAGGCACUGACCACCAAGCCUAAUAUCUGUGGGGAUUAUUGCUGAUAUGGGUCAUUAUUCAAAUGAACAGCUUUAUAGGUCAAGAGAGAUAAAGACUGGUUGGGACAGUCAUCUAAUUAUCCUGAUCUAUCUAGGGCAUUCAUUUAUGCAAAAUUAUAAAAAGAUCACUGCAACCAAUUUCUUGUAAUGCAGCUAAUUAAAUUUACAACGGAUCCUAAAUCACCAAGACAAACGAUUUAAGUACAAAAAAUAACUUAGUGUUACAUCAAGUGUUUUGUUUUCUUUAGAUUAAGUAAAAAUACUAAAAAAUAAUGACAUAAUUUGGACUAACUCAGGCCGAGGUGGUUGGUAUCAGACCUGCAAUAUAUACUUAGUAUAAUUGUCAAUAAUUUACGGAGAUGUUGACAAUCAAAGCAUUUGCAUUCAUUUGCUGGGGUAUCAAAUAUCUGUAAGGGGCUCAAAAUGUUUUCAAAGCGACCGCUGCACUUUGAAUGAAGGUAAGAGAGGAGAAAGCGCGACGAAAACGGUCAAGCGUCAACGAUCACGGAAGUCAAAAAGGUGUGCCGACGUUUCAUAAUAAAACAUUUUCCAUUAAAAUAGAAGUUCCUUUGUUUCAGUGCAAAUGUUUUGUUUUGUGAACUAUAGCCAUAACGCGCAUUGCAGCAGCCGUUCGUAGCAGACAUUGUUAAAAAAUAGCUUUUCUUUAUUUUUACUGACCGUAAAUGUCACGGUUUACACUGAAAGUCCUGACCGGAAGUGGCACAUUUCUAUUUGUGCGCGUCCUCUCGGCGAUCAAAGGCUCGCUCCGCUCUCCAAUCCCACAGACUUGUACUGAGCGCGGUCUGCCGUCGGUCUCCACGGACGCCCCGCGUCUGGAUAUCGUAGCCUGUUUCUUUUUGCCUUUGGAUUAUAUUCAUCGGAUGCUUUUCAACUCCAACUCGAUGCAUAGAAAUGGGUAAACUGCACUCGAAGCAUGCCGCAAUUUGUAAACCGAGGGAGAGUCCAGAAGGCGACAGUUUCGUAGUCAAUGCCUGUUUGGCGAGGAAGGGGAUCGACGACUGGCUCGUGAAGCAGAAGUACUACUGCACGAGCGCUCGCCUCGAGCCGCAGGACUGUCACCCCAAGAAUAACUGCGGUUUGACUGCCCGGGACUCCAUGGAUGACCCAUGUGCUGAGGGAAUUGGUGAAGAACACUAUCGUUUAGAAGUGGCUUUACCCCCGGAGAAGACAGACAGCUGCUGCGUGGAGGAGAAGAUGCAGGAGAGGGACAGCCAAUCUCCCGCAGGGCCACAGAAGCAGCUCCAGUUUGAAGAGCUGGAGUGUGCUGUGUCUGUGGAGGAGGACAACCGCCAGGAGUGGACCUUCACCCUCUACGACUUCGACAACAAUGGCAAAGUCACCAGAGAGGACAUCACCAGCCUGCUCCACACCAUCUACGAGGUGGUGGACGCCUCGGUCAACCAUUCUCCCAGCAGCAGCAAGACGCUGCGGGUCAAGCUCUCGCUGGCGCCCGACUCCAGCCAGCGGUGGAGGAGUUGCACGCAGGGAGCGACAGACGUGUCCCACCCGAGAGAGAAGAAUGACAAGUGCAUAGAAGACCCCAAGAGUGUGGACAAGAAGACACGAGCACUUUUAAGGCGCCACCACAGUGACCACCACACCCAGCCGGGCUGCCAGCGCCACUGUGUGGAUGAGAACCUGGAACGCAGGAACCACUACUUGGACCUGGCAGGCAUCGAAAACUACACGUCCCGCUUCGGAGCCGCUCCGGCCGCCGAGCCAACGAAAGCAGAGCCCCAGACGCGCGCAUCCAACCAAACCCGCUCCCGAUCGCACGAGCCCGAAAACGGCCACGCCCACUCUCACCACCGCCGCUUGCAGACCGUCGUGGACGCCGUCGCGCCGGACUGCCUCCACCCUGCGCGCCUGCGGGGCCAGGACUCGGGGAAGCACGCCCUCCGCUCUCCCAAGACCCACGGCCGCACGCCCCCCGCGCAGAUCAGCAGCAGGGUGAUGAGGAGCCGAGGCGCGCCCCCUCCCCCGGCCCUGCCUAGCCAGACCACCCCCCACCAGUCCACGGCCCCGUACCGCAAGCACAAGCAGCGGUCCAAGGAGAGCCAGGGCUACCGGGCUUUGGGCUCUCUGACCGCUGCAGGACCAGUGGUGGAGAGGGAGCAGGUGAGGGACAUGCCCAGUGUGCUGCUCUAUGAGGGGAGCCUGGCACAGGUGGUGCAGCGGCACGAGCACCACCACCACCACGAACACCAUCACCACUAUCACCACUUCUAUCAGUCCUGAACUCAGCACCUGGAAAAGGACCCGCGACGUGCAGCCAGGUCUGCAGGCACGAGCCUGCUCCCUGUUCACCCUGCAGUGGCUUUGUUUAGGGCACAGGACGCGGGGUGGAGGGGGAGGUCCGAUGUUAUCAACCAGUGUUAUACAGAGGAUGGACAUAUGUAGGCUCAGACAUGCGCUGGGACCUGGGGCACCUGGGGCUCGAGCGGAUGCAUGUACAACUGGGACCUUCCUCCUCCCCUCGCUCUGUAUCCCACAACUGCUGAACUGUGCGGCUCCGAACCAGCGCCGCAACCCUUCCGGACCGAUGAGCCAAAAAGGUUUUUAGGGAACAGAAGGGACCCGUGGACGCAAGACUGUGAUGUAAUAAUAAAAAUAUAUGAAGGAAUAUGUAGGAGAAAGGGGAACGGGGCACGGUCUGUGUAUAUGUGUCUAUAAAGGGUUGUGCAACGGUAUGAGCACAGCGAGCGUGUGUGUGUGAGAGUGUGUGUGUGUGUGUGUGUGUGUGUAUGCAUUAUUGUUAGAGUGUCACGACACUGGUAUCUGUUGAAAACCACUUUGAGUGCGCUCAUGGGUGCGUGAGUAUUUAAAGCGGGCUGUCAGGCAGAUAUAGUAAGACGAGAAUGAAGACUCUGGAUAUAAGCACACGAACCACCAUAAGCAAAAAUGGGAAGGACAGAGAUGAAUCUUGCGAAACAUAAGAAAACAGAGAUCCCAAAUCUGCUGCUACCUCUAAUUUUAUCCUAAUUCUCCUUAGUAGUGAGUUUGACUGAACAUGUAGAAGUUAUUUUCAGUUGAAAGCAUUUUUCUAAAAGGGGAGGUCACGAUCAACAGCGCUGACAGCUCCUCCGUUCUAUUACCUAACACUUACUGUACAUAUGGUAUAUUGUUAUAAAUUUUGUAAGCUUUAUCGAUAACGUGAUAUCUUUGUGUUCACAAUCUCAAGCUUAUAUGUUUGUUUCCCUUUACACGCAUCUAAGAACACUAGGAGCCUCAUUCUGACCUAUCAUCUGUUCAUCUGUGUUACUUUUCUCAGUCUCACACUCGCUCUUCAGCUGCAUAAUUGUGUCAUAGUAAUUAGGGCUGAAUGGCUUCAAAUCCCAUCCCUCGGCGGUUCUUUUUAGCUCCAACGCCACAUCACAUACAGGUUUUACAGUUUUUUAUGAAAAUAAAAUAACCUAAAUAAACCUGAAUGUAGUUUUAAAUAUCUACUGCAGCGUAUUAGUCUUGCUAUAAUUGCUCUUUUUAUAUAUAAUCCGUACUUUUCAUCCUUCACCUUUGUUUCAGUCCAGUGACACAUCAUUUUCAUUUCAUCAUCAUUCCAUUUCAAGGUAGUGGAGAUACAUACAUGCAUAUUUAGCUUGAAACCCUCAGUCAGUUAAUAUGGUACAUUUCAGUGGAUCUGACAGAAGGCUAAAGGUUUUUCUUUUAGUUGCUUUGCAGAAUGUGCGCCUAGUUAAAGAUAUUCACACCAGGGACCUGCUCCGGGUCUGGCCCCGGGGUCAUGCGGCUGCUCCCUCUGUUUCCAUGGCAUCUUCCUGUCCCCCAGCUGUCAGCAGGUCUUUCACUGUGCCGCCAUGUGGCCUCGGUGCUCAGCCAUAAAGGCUCUGUUGGCGGUGAGGUGGGGCGAGGGCUCUUUCAGCUGUCUCAUUCCUCUGGUGCUGGAUAACACCGGGCCCAGCUCACAGUCUCCUCUGGACUCAUAACUCACCACUGCUGCUCCCCUGCCAGCUCUGGGGACUGUCUGCGCCGCCUGUCCCAUGAUGCUCCAUGGCUCCUACCAUAAACAUGCAGAUAUGACAGCAUCAGCACUUUGCUUUAAUGAUUUAUAAUUUCAUCAAUCCAAACUGUAUUAUCGUGCUUGAACCACCCGCUCUGCGUUCGCCCAUGCGGCGUGUGCCGUGUCAAGAAUUCAGCGAAUGCCAGUCUCGCCCUCAGACCUGUGGCGUCCUCGCAGCUGCAGACCGUCCUUUAGCCGAGGCACCAGUCAGACGGCUCGUCUCACGGGACCUGGUGGCGAAAGCGCCAUCCUUCACAGAGGGCGAUCACAGCUGCGCGCCCAUACCUCAGCUUCCUCAGCUGCUCGCUCCCGUGCUCCGCCACUUUGCUGCUGGAGCCCUCGUAACACCGUGACCUUUCUGCCAAAGCUUUCAUUUCGCCCAAAGCAGCUCUGAUACCGGCGCACGGUGCACCAACCCCGAGUAGUGCAGACAUGGUCAUCUGUGUGUGCGUUAGAGGGCAGCAAGGAGGCGACUGUUCGUCCCACGGGGUGGUCGGAUUCGACACGGUGAGUCUGGGCUUCUGAAGGAAAUGCUGUGAAAGGCCUCAGACCUACAGGCAGGUGGAGAGAGCUUUUCUCAACACACAGCUCCUUGUGCCGGUCCUGCUUCACAUUCAUAGAAAUGCAUGAAAUGUACUAGAAAUGUACCUUCAUUUCUUUGACAACAGAGCAGAGUCACUGAAAUAACUGGAGGUGACUCGCUUUGCCCAAGAGCACAAGGCAGUAUUUGUUACGGGGUGGGCUUUUGUCUCACAAACCUUCCUGGAGGUGAAACCCUACCACUGUCACACGUGUCUUACUCCGUUGUUUCCCUCAGUUGUCAGCAGCCAGGUUAUCAGCAUACGUUGUAUUUUGUUUAUCAUGUAAGAAUGAGUGUUACUUUUCAUUUCCGAAAAUGGAACAAAACAAAAUCAGAUGACACACCAGCUGAAGCACCAUCUUCUCUUUUUUUGUUCUUGUCAGUAUUCAAAGCCACGACUCCAUGUUAAGGCGAUACAUAAUGCCCAUGCGUCAACUUCGCUUAAAAAUCAGAUGUAUAUAGUGGACUGCAGAAUUGUCAAAUCAGCAUCAUGUAGAACAAAUAUAAGGAUUAUUACAAUUAAAGGUCUGUCAAACUCAUUUCCACGCUGUCAGAUAAUUGUCCUGUUACAUGUUAUAUUCAGCCUCCCUGAUAUCAAGCUAACGUAGCUCCCUCUAACUCAAGCUCUUCUGUUUUGACACACUUUUCACUUGAAGUUUGUUGUAAAAGAAAAUUGCUUAGCACUAGCUAACCCCCCCCCCCAGUGUUUUUCAUGACCUUGUUUAGUUCAUAUAGAUUGUAUUUGAAUCAUUUCUUUAUUUAUUUGAUAGCAGAUCUGUGCCAAGGGAAAACCCCUUUUAUUAAAAGUAUGAACUUGUUCCAUAUAAA